UUAUUUUUAUUUUCAGACUACAUACUUCUACUCGUCUCAUUAGUUGGCUGCUUUUCCAACAGUUUCAAACAAAUUUAAACUCCCGUCCACUUGCGCGCUCACUCACUGAGGCACACGACUCCACGCCCACAAACCAGCAAACACACACACACACACACACACAACGAAGAUGUCUGCGUCGCGCGCCAAUACACCACCUACCGAGGCGAAUGAGGCAACAACGCACAACAACAACAACAAUAGCAGUAACAACGCCAAUGGUGACACAAAUCACAACAACAAUGCCAAACUGAAAUCAACACAAAAUAGUGGCACCGGCAGCAUCGAUAAACUUUCACCCGAUCAAGAUAUAUUCAUAAAUCAAGCCGAUGGCUUGCCCAGCCAACAUCCCACAUUGCCCGAUGGCGAAGUAGACAGUGAUAACGAACAGAACGAGCCUGUGGAUCCAGAUUCAUUUGAUGAUUUGCCCACAUCCAUUAUUGUGACGAACAUACACUCGGAGGUGUUUACCAAUCCAGCGCUGAAGCAGGAAAUGGAAGAGCUCUUCCGCACCUUCUGCGAUUCGGCGACCUUCCAAUGGCUACGCAGUUUCAGACGUUUGCGCGUCAACUACGACAAUGCCAUAGCGGCGGCCAAUGCGCGCAUCAAAUUGCAUCAAUACGAAUUUAAUAAGAAAACAGUGAUAACCUGUUAUUUUGCACAGCCGGUAACGCCAGUUUCGAAUAAAAAUCUGCAACCGCCAGCGCCAGUUAAACAAUUCCUAAUUUCGCCACCCGCUUCACCGCCAGCUGGUUGGGAGCCACGCGAAGAGAAUGAGCCGCUGGUGAAUCACGAUCUGCUGGCGGCAUUGGCCAGCUUAACGCCAGGCGAAUCGCACGAACUGCACCCGCAGAGCGAGGAUCAGCCGGGUAUUAUUGUGCAUACGGCCAUGUUGCCAGAGGGAGCUGUGACCACCGCACCCACACUGGCGGUCACACCGAAGCCGGCCAUUGUGCAGACUAAGUGUCCGGAGCGCGCGUAAGAAGGAAUCGGGGGAGGAUGUGCUGCUGUCGCUGCUGGCGAACUCAUUUUUAAGCCUAGGAGCAGGUGCUGAGCACUUGAUAGUAUAAGAAUUAAAAUGAUUAAAGAUAAAAAGUAAUUAGUUAAUGCAAACAGAAGUUUAGUGGUGCAUAUAUAUAUGUAUUAUGUAUGUGUACAUAAAAUAAAAACUGUUGUUAAUUUUUGUAAACAAAAACCAAUUGUAGCUGAAAAGUUUUGAAUAUGUAGUUGAAGUUACCACUGAGAAACUAAAGAUUUCCUCUUGAGCCUACUUAACGAUAAUCUAAGUUAUGUUCUACAUAUACAUACAUAUGUCUAAGUGUACACAUACAUAUGCAACUCUGUGUAAGCGCAAUCCAAUGACUAUUUGAAUUUUGAGUUAUUUAAUUACCAAAAAUGUUUUGAUUGUGAACAAUUUUAUUCUAAGCUAC